UUCUCUCUUGGGCUUCCCUGAAACACAGGUCCUUCUGUAUCACUGGAAUCAUCUAAGAUUUUCAGUUCAGACUUCCACACACAUUAUGGCUACUAGAUUACAAGCAGCAUCAGAGGCCGUACGUGAUGUAAUUAAGAAGAGUCAAUUAAUAUCCUCCUCUUCUGAAGAUCCACCUGUGCGAUAUCGUCUCCUAACAACAAGAACUGAUCUUAAUGAAAAUGGCUCAGUGAGAAAAUGGACAUUUGGACAACGAGACAGCAAUAUGCAAAACAAAAUCCUCCUUAUGGUUGGAGAAACUGGAACAGGCAAAACUACUCUGAUCAAUGCCAUGGUGAAUUAUAUACUCGGUGUGAAGUUUACAGAUGAAGUGUGGUUUGAAGUUACAGAAGAGGAAGGAGAUAAUCCCAUGUCAGAUCAGUCACAAAGUCAAACAAGUGAAAUCACUGUGUAUGAGGUCUUUGCCAAAGACAACCCAACCUGUCUUACCAUCAUUGAUACUCCAGGUUAUGGAGACACCAGGGGAACAGAUGUGGAUAAAAAUAUCGCUGAGAAUCUGUACAAACUGUUUCACAGUGAUACUGGAGUAAAAGAAAUUGAUGCAGUCUGUCUGGUAGUGAAGGCAUCUAUAAAUCGACUCUCUAACAGACAACAUUACAUCCUUGAUGCAGUUUUAUCCUUAUUUGGUAAAGACAUAGAGAACAACAUUGUCAUGUUUAUCACUCACUCAGAUGGAAUGCCACCAGGUAAUGCUCUUAAUGCUAUCAAGAGAGCAGGGAUUCCCUGCAGGAAAGAUGAAGAAAAUGAACCUGAGCAUUACUUAUUUAACAAUCGGCAAACUGAGAAGAGGAGAAAAAAGUUUAAUAGAGCUCUCCAGACAGCUUGGGAACUAACAGAGGAUAAUUUAAAUGAUUUAUUUGGCUCACUGAAAGAACAGAACAGAAAAAGCUUAGGGAAGACUCAAAGUGUUCUGAAGGAGUCCAAACGACUAGUAGCCUGUAUUACUAAUCUACAAAGCUGCAUUGACUAUGUAGAGUGCAAAGGGAAAGAACUGGAUCAGAUUCAGAAAGCACUUGAGGAAAACCGAGAAAAGAUUAAGAAAAAUGAAAACUUUACUUUUGAAGUCACCAAAUAUUACAAAGAAAAAGUUCCUAUUGAAAAUGCUUUAUGGUCAGACAGGAAGGCCACCACUUGCUCUGUCUGUAAGGAGAACUGUCAUGAAUAUGGCUGCUGGAGCGCCUGGAAUGCCGGGUGGUGUUAUAUCAUGAAAAAUAACCACUGCACUUCAUGUACAGGUAAAUGUCACUACACUAAACAUGUUAGAGAGAACAUGAAAUAUGUUACAUACAGUAAAGUGGAGACAUUGACACAUGAUGGGGUCAAAAAACAAUAUGAAGACAACAAGAAACAGGAGGAAGAGAAUAAAAGCAUAGAGGAGGCACUGAAAGAAGACAUCGACAAAUGGGAAAAGAAAAAAGCCGAUCAUGUGGAAGAAGCCUGCACCAGCAUCAUAAAACUGUCUGAGAUUGCUUUAAAGCCAGACUCUGCCUUCAUUGUUAAGACUCUUGACUACUGGAUCCCUCACGCUAAAAAAAAUGGAAAACGCUUUGUUCAGAAACUAAAAGAGCUGAGAAACAUACAACCUGAAUCAGAGAAGAGAGUUAAUGCUGCAACUGGGUAUGCAAGAGCAGGUUCCACUUAAAAUGUGAAACAUGUUUCAUAUAGAAAAUGCAUAUACAUCAUGAGAGUAAAUAUGGCCAUUUAACAUAUUUAUCGUAAGGUUUUUUUUUUAUAAUAAAAAUGUUACCUCACAUGUACCUUAUUACUUGUGAAGUCAUACUGUUAAUGGAUAGAUGUCUUUUAACCUGAUUAAGUAAAUGUUUUUAAUUCCACUCUUACUUUUCUGCCUGUUUAUCUGAUUUUAUUCAUUAUCUAGUUUUAUUCAUUAAAUAUCUGGUACCUCACUGA